GCACCCUGUUUACGUCUCCUCAAACAGCUGAUCGCAACCAGUCAUGGAGAAUUCUAUUCUGAAUAUUGCACACGAAAAACAAAGAAAAGCAGAAGCAUUUUUACAUCAAGGACGAUUCGAAGACGCAGCUGAAUGUCAUGAAAGGGUAGCAGGAUUAUUAUCAGAAGUUCACAAUCAAUUAGGAGUUAAUUUCGUUGAAAUAACACCUGAACAAUCUAUUACCAGUACUGAUAAAAAAUCACCAAUUUCAUCUAUUCAUUCGAUUGUUGCUCUUGAAUCAUUAGCUUUACAACGGGAUUAUCAUAAACGGCAAGCCGCUGUUGUCAGGAUGAAGCAAGCACAAUAUGAAGAGUAUAAAAAUACAUUUGAAGUCCAACAGAAAAAUCUGCACAGUAAGCAUUCAACAAAACACCAUGAUAAAGGUUUUACUGCGUCUAUUGGAACAGAAAAAUUUGAAGGAUCAUUGAGACAAGCUAUUUACAAAACUAUUGAAGAACAAGAUACUCUAUUGAGUCUCAUAUCACUUCCUGAUGAUGAUCAGGCAUUCAAACACCCUAAAGAUACGGGUACAGUUAUCGAAGAACUACGAACAGUGAAUUCUCAAUUAAGAUCUCUCGUUGAAAGUUUGCUCAGUCAGCUAGAGGCCAAAGAACAAGAGGUGAAACACUUAACACAGCAGUUGCAUACUGUGUCGGUUGUUGAGAAUGAUGAAAUUUGUUCGGGUGAAGGACGCUCUGUUAGAUUAGCACCUCUUCCACCUCUAGCACCUUUAGAGAUGCCUUUGUUUGAUUAUACAUCCUCAUAAAAUGUGUUAGAAGAUAUUUUGUACAUGGAAUUUAGCAAAUUUUUUCUAUAAAUAUCAUUUAGUUAUCGCUUAUUAUAUAAGAUUAUAUAAUAAAAAAAUAGAAAAUAGAAUAUCUAAUGAGCUUUCAGCUGACUAGACGCAAGAUUUUACAUUGUUGUACAAUGAUUGAAUCAAUAGAAAAUUUUUAUAAUCUUUAAAAUUUCAAAAAUUGUACAUAAUAAUUGU